CAGAUCCCCUCGGCGGCGAUGGACCGGGUCAGCCUGCUGUGGCGCCUGAGGCGUCGGGCUCGCCGCGGAGCGCUCUGCAUGGCCUUCUUCUGCAUCUCCAUGGCUCUGCUCUACGCCAUCUGCGCCGAGAACAGCGUGCCCGUCACGGACGCCAUCUUUGGGGUUCGGGCGAGGACUCGGGCGCAGCCUCGUGCUCACUCCGUCAUCAAGGUGCUGAGAGGCGGAGCCAAGCCCAUGUACAUCGACCCUCAGAAGCUCCCGGGGGUCGUCCCAGGUGACCCUCGCCGUCCAAUCCCUGUCCUCUCCUCUCCGAACCACACCCACGAAGCGGUGGACACGGCACCAAAGAAGAAGUCGAGAGAUCGGGAGCCUUCUGGGUUCUUCGCUCACCUGCUGCCGCGCCCCUUCACCCGCGCCCUGGAGACCCUGUUUGGAGGCCGGCGCAGGGGGGAGCUGAGCGGCAGAGGGGGGGACGCGGAGUUCUUCGGGCCUCAUGGGCUCCUGGGGGAGGUGUGGGAUGAUGAGAUGUCCAGUAGCAUGCUGGGAAACCGACUGAGAAAGGUGGUGCAGAACUAUCAGGCGAUGAACAAAUAUGGAGUUGAGACUUCCGGCCCCGGCGGCGUCUCCAGCCGACCGAAGCUGAGCGGCCCCGAGCUUCUCUGCCAGCUGAGAGACAAGACCGAGGUGGCGACCUUGACCUCUGACCUCCAGCCCUUCUCCUCGCUGCCCUUGGCCGCCCAGCUGCCGCCGAAGCCACUGACCUCUGACCUCGGGCCGUACAAGAGCUGUGCCGUGGUGUCGUCGGCCGGGUCGCUCCGCUACUCCGGACUCGGCAAAGAGAUCGACUCCCAUGAUGCCGUGCUGCGCUUCAACGCCGCGCCCACCAGCGGCUACGAGAAAGACGUCGGAUCGAAAACCACCAUCCGCCUCAUCAACUCACAGGUGAUGGCGUCUGACGAUCAUCACUUCCUGUCCAGCUCUCUGUACAGCUCAGGGGCCCUGGUGGCCUGGGACCCCGCCCCCUUCUCCGCUGACCUCACUCAGUGGUUCAACAAGACGGACUACCCGAUCUUCGCCCAGUACCAGAGAUACAGGCGCCUCCAUCCUCUGCAGCCUUUCUACAUCCUGCAUCCGCGCUUCGAGUGGCAGGUGUGGCAGCGAAUACAAGACAACAUGGCGGAACCCAUCCAGAAGAACCCGCCCUCCUCCGGCUUCCUCGGCACCGUCCUGAUGAUGUCACUGUGCGAGGUGGUGCACGUGUACGAGUUCCUGCCGUCCCGGAGGAAGACGGAGCUGUGUCACUACUACCAGCGCUUCUUCGACGCCGCCUGCACGCUGGGCGCCUACCACCCGCUGCUGUACGAGAAGAACCUGGUGAAGAGGAUGAACCAGGGCUCCGACCGCGACAUCUACACACACGGGCGCAUCACGCUGCCCGGCUUCAGAAAGAUGAACUGCACCCAGGCUGCUGCUGCUGGACGCCUGAAGCACCACUGAAAACACACACACAGAGACACACACACACACACACACACACACACACACACACACACACACACACUGUAAAGCAGAACCCUGCAUGAAGAACACGCAACAACGAGGACAGACGCAUGAAAACCUCAAACUCACUGCCGAACAAACGCACACGCAAAUCACAAUAAAUAUCACAGACGCACACACUAACACACACUGGAGUCCAAUCAACUGAUAGAUGUGUCUGCUGUUCACACACACACACACAUAUACAGUAUCAUAUAUAUAAAAAUAUAUAUAUACUUAUGAGGACGUUCUAACUGUAAACUAACCCUGGUCUCAAAUGUUACAGGACGUCUGUUUUUGCAGAUUUUAGCCAACAAACAACAACUGUGUAUUAAAUAUCCAUUUAUUUUAUUGACUAGUUGUGUUAAUGUUAAACUUUCCAUAAAACAGAUGAUGAUAUUACGUACACACAAUUUAUUGUUUGUUGACUUUAACUGUACAAAAGAGCAGUUUGGUCUUUAACCCUGAUUCUGAUCUAAACCUUAAACCAAAGUCUGAAUCCUGAACGAAUCAGAUUUGGACAAAUGGACCUGAUUCAUAUGAAUAUCUGCACUGAAGGAAAUCCGCCUGUACAGAGAAAUGUGACGUGUAAAUAUAUAUAUAUGCUUUAACAGAUUCAUCCGCCGUGAGGAGCUGUGUUCUCCUCACCCUUUCACUUUCACUUUGAGGAGCUUCACACGUUCUCUGGAUGUUCUCACACGUUCUCUGGAUGUUCUCACAUGUUCUCUGGAUGUUCUCACAUGUUCCUGUUGGUGUGAACGAGUCGGACCCGGAACCAUCAACAUUUCAAAAUGUCCAGAGACACUGACUUCAACAUUUGUGUUUGUUCAUACAGAAGCUCCAGAGCGUGUCAGGAACAUGUGACCUUCAUGAAACCAUCUUAUCACUGAUACGCAGAUGGUUGUCAUGUGGUCGUGUCCUGUGCUGAGUCUGAACCAAUCAGAGCUCAGUCUCAACUCUUAUUGUUUUUCCAAUCAGCUCAGUUUUUUUUACCACAGAGCUUCAUUGUUUAUUCAGGAAGGAAACAGAGGAAACCCAGGAGAACAUGUUUCUCUCUGCUGCUGCACUGGUUCUCCUGCUCCUGAGCUCCAGUGAGACGAGCUCCUCCCUCGGGGUCUGUGCUCUCACCUGGUUCAUGUGUUUCUCACAGUUCUCCUGAGAACUCUUCCCUUGAUGUGAGAACAAAAGGCCCCAGAAACAUAGAAGUGGCUUUAGUUAGGAUUUAAUAUUGAUAGAGAAAUUACUUUUGUUGUGUUAUUAGCACGUAAACUUGCAGCGGCAGCACGGUUGAUGCUUGUGUUCACUUUUCUUUAUGUUAAUCUGAAAUCUAUGUUUUUGACUUUCUUAUGAUUCAUUUCCUGAAGGGCCAUGAAAGUAUUAAAAAGCCGUAAAGAGAGUUUUGCACUUUAGUUAUUUAUUUUAUGUUAUGCUGCAGAUUUAGUCUCUCGGGCAACAAGCUGCCAUUAGGGAAGGAAAAACCUUCGUAUUAAAUAUUGUUUAUUAAGUUUUAUUAUUAAGUUUUAAUGUGGUUAUAUUUGGUUUUCUGCCAUUUCUAUGGAAAUAAUUUUAUGAAUAUUUCAUGAUUCACUGAAUUCUGUUAUUUAAUGAAGAAAAAUGUCUUGAAUUUAAUUUUUUGUUUAUUUGUUUUUUAGAACCUCAGACUUUGUUCCUCCACCUCAGCCAGUUCCACCAGUGAUGAAAUUGUCGGAAAUAUUUUUAUUUUACAGGAUCAGAAGUUCAAAGUGUUGAGAGCCACAGAUUUAACGUCUUUGUUGAAUUUAACAUUUUAACACCAACGAGUCAUCGCAGUAGGUUUUUAAUCCUGCAGGCGUCAAAGUCCAAAACCCAGAAAGUAGAAGUUCUUAUUAUUUUUCUGUGUUGAAGGAGGAGCAAGUGAAAAACCUCUGAAAGAAAAAAAACUGAAUUUCAAACUUUAGAAGUGAGACCAUCAAUCAAUAAAGAACUGAAACAAAAUGA